AUGACCGUGCCCGGACUUGGUUCAGUAAGCUCACCGAUUGUCAUAUCCGACGACGAAGACGCAUUUUAUGUCGAACAACAUUUGGACGGAGACAGUUGGAUGGACAGUUCUGAAGCUAGCAAUCAGUUCAUGGAAGUGCCCAGUGAACUUUCCGUUGGUUUGUCCUCUGGUCAGAAGCGCAAAUGGCAUGAGAUGGUGGCGUUGGGUUCGGGCGUCGCUCUGCCUGAGAGAGUGCGGGCCACUCCUAUCAUACCUAUAGCUGGACCGAGUACAGGGGUUUCGCUCACGCAAGAGAAGGCGACAACCGUCCGAAACAAGAGACGAAAGAAGCAGAAGCUAGAAAGUCAGUCUGACCCACCCGUGCCCGUGGCGUCAGCUCAGGUGCCGCGGUACACGGGCUCUCAAGCGUUGCCUCCAUUGUGUUUUGCUGUCCCAUCCCCAUCGACGUUGUCCUUCCCACGUCUUGCCUUACAGGUUCCUACACUGCCACCGAAACCCUCAUCUUUCACGACUUCGCUAGGACAUAGCUUAAAUACUCCCGUUGCUCCCCAACCAUUUCCUGCAGUGCAUGAGGAGUCGGUUACUCCAGCUCCGCCUACUUUGGUCAAUGCGAACACCAGUGUCAUCCCCUUCCCUUCAGCGAGGAGAAUAAUUGGCAUGCCUGCAGAUGACAAGCCAGCCAACAUCAAUCGUGGCAUAUUCGCAUCUCUGAUAAAAAAUUCGGCAUCUCCAGAUGUUUCCCGAGCCCUUGUCAUGGAGCUCCUUCCUCGAAAGUUCCGUGAGUUUGGGUUUGUCCAAUCCUGGGCAAAACAAUUCGACAAGUGUCCUGUCCGUGUCGAGCUGGAUAACCGAGUGGGUAAGGCCCUGAUCGAGUUCAGGAAUGCGGAGGCGGCGAUAGCCGCAUUCAACAGUCCCCGACUCGAUGGUGGUGAGGGCAAGGAGCACGUCCGGGUGUGGUGGUACCGUCUCGACCUUGAUGCACCUGCGAAGGACCUUGAGGAGGGCGAGAUACAGGAGGUCGACCGGAACGACCAUGGGUUUGCGCAGAAGAAGAAACCAAAGGCGAAGCAGCAAAAAACGCAGAAGAAAAAGACGCAAGACACAACGUUUCGUCCGAAAUUUGCGGCGGUUUCUCUACCACCGACGCUACCGCUUCUGCCGCCCCUUCCGCCCCCUCUUCCUCGGCCGUCGCAUGCUCCUCCGCCGCUGCCUCAAGUUGCUCACAGUUCGAUGCAAUGGGAGGACACUUCACAGCCCUCUUCCACUUCUAGCUUCCCUCUGACCGGGUUCAUCCCUCCUCCUUCGUCAUGGGCUGAACGCUACCCCGCUACGUGGCAAGACUGGCCUCCAGCUGGAAGCCGUGGUGUCCCCCGUUCAUGGCCCGGCAUUCAUCCAUCAACUUCCCUCACCGUGGAGCAAGAUCUGCCUUUGCCUCCGCCCCUGUAUGAGGAAAGUGUUGAAGAGGAGCCAAUGGACCUCGGCACCGACGAUGGUUACGACGAGCGCUACCCAGUCCCCAUGCAAGAGGAUUGGUUCGAUGAACAGCCUGCAAUGGCUCCAAUUCGUGAGCAGUCACCAAGCUGGUCCGAUUACCAGCCGGCUCCGGAGUCCGCGCAGGACGGAGAGUCGUGGUCAGAUUACGAUCGUGACGUAGCGGCUGACUGGUCUGAAAAUCAAGGAACUCGGGCUGGUACUCGUGAGGCUUCGCCGGCUUGUUCUCAUUACGAACCGGCUCCUGCACCCGUUUAUGAGGGUUCACCCCGUUGGUCGGACAGCCUGUCUAUCGCAUCUUCGCGCCCUGAUUCGCCGGUUUCAUAUGCUGAGUUUGGUAAUGCGGGAACGAACUCGGUGAGACCGCCGGGUGUCGUUGAGGCCCCUCCGACCAGCCCACUCUUUGCUUCACUUUCUCAAGCACAAUCUACUCCACAAAAACCGACCCUGGGAUUAGAGGAACGGUUGAGUUCACCUGGUCCACGCGCUCGUGUCAUGCCGACUGCUGGUUCAUCGUCUUCACUUCGCACAGCUCCAUUGUCAGCAGCCCUUUCGUCUUCGGAAGCAGUCCCAUCUCCGCCUCAAGCAGUACUAUCGUCAUCGCAAGCAGUAAAGUCAUCGUCGCAAGCGGUACUCUCACUGCAGCAGGCUGUUCAUGUGACUAAUGUAGCUUCAGCCGUAUUACCUGCUCCAGUUCCAGUACCCUUACCGCUCCCGGUUGCGUCGCCCUCGCUGGUCGACUCUGCGCAGAAGUCAGCCCCAGCGGUGGCGCUUGUGAGGUCGGCUGUCUCGCAACCGGCACCGGCGCAGUUGAUCUCAUUAAAGCAGCAUUCAGCUAUGCCGAUCGGCCUUCAAAGUUCUUCUGUGCCAAGUUCUUCCGCUACCGUCACUCCAAGGACCGUGUCUAGCCAAUCGACUUCAGACCCUGCAAGUGCAAGCCAGCCUCAGGCCAAAACCUUUUCGUACACUAAGCUGUCACUGUUGGCUCGUCAGAAGGAAUUGGAAGAGCGCAUCGCCCGGACUAAGGAGCAACUCGCCAGGAGAUCUGCUAGCUCGGGCGGGAGCGCGUCGCCGACAGAAGCAUCCACGCCUUCCCCGCCGGCAUCAGGCGUCGUGUCGCCCGCGAUUCGUUCUGCCGAGCGCACGCUCGGCAGAGUUGCACCAGAAGAUCUGCGGCGGUCAGUACUGGAAAGUACACGGAAGGUAACGCCUCAAUUGGACGCCCAGUCGGCGGGUGGUUCUUCUAGAGACGCUUCUGAGUCGGCGGAUUCGGAUGGGAGCGACCCCCUUGUUUGUACGCCAACUGCAAGUCCUGCGGUGGAGAGGCCUUCGUCAUCUGCUGUCGUGGCCGCUGUUACGCGGACAACGGCCACCGCGACAGCUGUCAUCCACAGCAGUACCAGUCUCGACGAGUUGGCUGUCUCGUUCAUUACGGAGACGAUUCAGACCGUCAAGUCACCGCCUUUGCACUCUGCCAUAUUAUCAGAGAAGAUGCAGCUCGCGGCAAAGCAGAAGAGGCUGGAACGACACAUAGCCGAGAGCAAGAUCCUUCUGGCGAAGCUGAGUGCGGCACGCACGAAGGAAGAGAAGGAGAACAUAUUAGGCAUUCUCAGAGAGCGGAGACGGGCGAUGGAAGAAGACAUGAAGCCAGAGCCCGAUAACACUAAAGUUGCGACCUCGGUUGUGCAGCCUCUACAACCACGCCAGUUUGCAGUCCCGACGGCGAAAAUAAGAUGGCCGGAGACUGCACGCGACGCGACAAUCCUGAUCAUCAGCGACGAUGAGGACGAUGAGAUCUAG